CCUUUGCAGACGUCUGCGGGGGCUCAAUGUCGAACGACACGCGACACAGCCUAGCGCAGAUCCCGCUGCGGUGGAUGGUGCGCCAGUGCCUCCUGGCGAACACCGGCAUCCGGUUCCACGCCGACCCCCUGCGCGGGAUCGAGCUCAACCCUGCGUUGCUGUUCAGAACCGCCCCGCGCCGUUGUACCACACGUCGGGCGCGCCCGUGCCCGACGGCACGGCUGAGGGAAGAGGAAGACCUUGCAGACGCGCUGAGCUUGGCGUACGACCAGCUGUCGCUCGCUCGCGGCCGGUGGGUGCUCAAGCUGCUGCAAAUACGCCACCACAUGCAGCACACGGCGGACGGGCAGUGGGAGACGAAGGUAUACACGAACAUGGGCCGCACGCGCGUUAUCCCGAGGCGGGAGACGCAUCCGGUGCACGCGCACCGGAGCGUGAAGAUGCGCAUCGAGGGGGAGAAGCCAGUGGGUCGUGCGUAUGCACCAAAGGCAAAAUUUGACGUCGAGCCAACGUGUAUGACGUAGGUUAUCUUAUCCCCAGCUGCAGAACCGUUAAAUUCGAGUUUUUCUCGACGAGCUCGUAGGCCUCUGUGCUGCGUUUCGCUGUUAUCGUUUACCAAGGAGCUCUCUUUUACUGUAGGUUUGGAACAAUGAACUCGUCUGUAGCACUAGGACUACGUACGGUAUCAGUGCCUGGGACGGUACGAGCCAGAAAACAGGUGCCUCGCACGACGUGUGCUUGUCGUGUGCUUGUUUGUGAUGGGCGG